UUCCGCAGGAGAAUAAUUCCAGAAAAGAAAGAAAAAGAAGGAAACAAUAUGCGGCGAAGGUAUCUCCGGCUGCCGAGCUCCUCCGACGAGGACAACGACCUGCGACCCCAAACCCUCAACGAUCCUAACCCUAAUCCUCCGCUCGAUAUCUCCGAUGAUGACUUCGUCGACGUGCCGGACGACCUCCCCCCGCCCUCCCCACGCUCCGCUGAAGCCCGGCCCGAGGACCAAGGAUCCGCCGCCGCCGCCACCGUAGAAAUGGUGGAGGAGAGGGCUGGUUCCAUCGGGCCGAUCGAUGAGUUCCUCCGGAAGCUCGGGCUCCGUCUCCGGCCGGACUGGCUGGAGUCGUGCGCCGACAGGUUGAUGGCCGCUGGAUCAGGAUUUGAGGGCCUGGAUGUCGCCGGGAAGGCCAAGAGGUGCUUCGAGCAGUUCCUUCUCUCCGAUAUGAAUGUCUCCGGCGCCGGCGUCCUUCCGGAGAAUGUGCACCUAAUGCACAAGAUCGAGCUUGAGGGGCCUUUUGUUGUUCAGGUUGAUGAAAUAGUUAACAUCUCUGCUCCACUUCGGGAAAGAUAUCACGACAUGCCUGCUGGAUGCAAGAGAUGCCUGAAAUUGUCAAUAACAGAUGGCGUUCAACGUGUAUUUGGCAUGGAAUACAGACCCAUUAAAGAACUUGAGGUUCUUGCUGCUUCUGGUCUUAAGGUUGUUCUUCGUAAUGUACACAUACGAAGAGGACUUCUGCUGCUAGUCCCAGAAGCUUUUGCAAUUCUUGGAGGGAUGGCUGAUGAAUUAGAUGCAGCACGGAAGAGGCUUGUUGCUGAAAUAAAUAAGCCCCCAAGAGGGAUAAGGAAGCAUGGUAAUAUAUCUUCACUGACCACCAGAGCUUCUCUUGCAGCUUGGCCAUCUGAUUCAAUUAGUUUGGGUCCACAGACAACUUCGACAUUGCAAAAUUCAAAUGAACCUCAAAUAUUGAAUCAAGAUCAUUUUGUAGUUCCUGAAUUGGCUAUCUCUGGGACUGGCAUUGGAGGAACGAUAACCGAAGGAUUUGUUGAUCCUAGCAUUGGGAGAAACAACACCGAAGAAUUUCCUACUCGGGAUGUGAGAAUUGUUGCUGCUGAAGAAUCUAUUGCAUGCACUGAACAGAAUAUUUUGAAAGAGGCAGCUUAUGACAGCAAUUGGCCAGACACAGAACAUAUUUUAGCCCAUAAUUCUGCUUCAGAUAUGGAAAUUGCCUGUGCUUCAGACGAGGAGGAUGCAAUUGGCGAAGUAGAACAUCCCCUCAUUCUAAGUGGUGACAAUGAAAUCCCUUUCACAUAUUUGGCUUCUUUAUUUGCUAAAUGGGCCACACAGCAGGACAACAAACCAUGUGUUCAAGGGAGAAUCAAGUGCUUUUUGACUGGUGUAAAAGGAUUUCAGUUCAAACAGCGGAGUACCUAUGAACUUCAUGUUUAUGUUGAUGAUGGAAGUCUCAUAUCUGAGGUCAUCAUUGAUCACAGAGUUGUACAGAAGGGUAUCGGCCAUUCUCCAGAAGAGGUUACUAGUGCACUUUCUUCCACUGAAAAGAAAACUGUAUCAGAUAUGAAGGACACUUUGAAAACCUUCCAGCUUUUCUUGGCUAAAUUUGAGGGCACAAUGCUUCUGGAGAUGAAUAGAAACUCUUCACUUCCUGUUGCCCUCGCAAUGAAGCAAGGGGUUUCUUCAUCAGCUCCGUGGCUGCUUCUUAGAAGACUGGCAAAGACUGCUGCACAAAGCUCUCAACACAACAAUUUGAAUCCCAUUAAUUUAUCUCCUUGAUGGAUAUGUUUAAUUGAUGGAUGCGAGUGCUGUAUGACAUCGGGAAAGUUGUUGCUGGAGGUUAAUUCUUUAAGGGUCUCAAGCAUUAAAGAUAUCAUGUUAUCGUUGCAUCGAGAGUUAAGUCCAUUUCCCAGCUUUUGUUGUCUCCAGUGCUUUGUUUAAAGGGCUGCAAUGUAAUCCCUUUGAACAGACAGCUGCAUGGAAGUUCUGUGCCAGCCACAAGGUGACUCGGCAAGAUCAUUUUACAGCUUAUUGGCUUGAAGUUAUGGAGCGCUUAUGGAGAAAAUAUCCAUCAAAUCCUGUUCGCAUUAGCCACAGCAGUUUCCUGGCUGAUCAGCUUCAACUCAUUUGUUUUGGGUAUGUCUGCAAUGUAUGCAUCAUUGCCAUCCAGGAAACAGCCAUGAGGACAUGCUUUCUCCUUCACAGAUGCUCUCCAUGAUAUCGGUCAGCUACUUGCUGGUGAAAAAGGAGGCUUGCUAAAGCAAUUAAAAUUGCAUAUGUUUGCCAGUAAUGAUUUUAAUUGCAGAUAAUGAUCUCAUCUAAUCUUUGCCUUCAGUUUUGGUUGUAAGAAAAGAAAGGAAGAAAACUUCGACCAAUGGGCAAUUUGGUUAGUUUGACAAGGGAGUCACAUUUGGAAGGAUGCUCUUUGGUUUAAUUGACAAGUUGGGUGUUGAUCAUCACUAUUGAGGCUUCUGACCGUUUGGUAUUGCAAUAAGUUAUUGCCCCUCUAAGAUUGCACCACAGAUGUGAGUGAUACUGUGUUAUAAAGACUAGAUUGUAUCCCAAGAUCUUGUGAUGAUUUAACAAGAUAUAGAUGAGCUGGGUAGUAUCUUCAGAUAAAACUUUUGUUAUACUAGCAUGACUCAUGCAUUUUGAAGUUCCUGCAUUGAUAAUUUAUGUGCUUAUUCUAAUAAAGAUGGGCAUAAGAAUCUUUCUUUUA